ACUGCCAGAUGGUUGGAAAGCCUUUACAGUGCUUUAAGGUGUCUAAUGUCUGGGAGCUGGUUGGAAUUGACAUGAUGGGCCCUAUGCCAAAGACAGUGGAUGGCUUCGAAUACAUUUUAACGGCCACAGAUUACUACUCCAAGUGGGUAGAGGCUUUUCCUAUGAAGACCAAAACUGCUGCCGAGGUGGGACGUCAUCUUUGUUGCAUGAUAUACCGACACGGUUGCCCAAAAAGGAUACUUUCUAACCAGGGCAGAGAAUUUGUGAAUCAACUUAAUGACCAGAUGUGCAGUCUUCUAGACAUAAAAAAAAGCGUGACAGCGGCGUAUCAUCCGCAGACACACGGUGUGGAUAAGAGAACAAUUGACAAUAUUAAGAGAGGUCUAUCUAAAUUUGUCAAUGAAAAACAGAACAACUGGGACAAGUAUUUGGAACCUAUAUUAUUUUCGAUCCGAUCAAAGCCCCACAGCACAACCAAAGUUUCUCCGUUUCUUCUCAUGUAUGGGAGGGAGGCAGUUUUCCCAUGUGAAGUUCCUGUUGAACUGCCGCUGUCAAAUAUUGAAAUCGACACUGGUGUAUGCAAUGUACCACAAAGGCCCUCUGUGAUUCCAUUUGCCCCAAAGAAAAAGGAUAGCACUAUGGAGCUGAGCAUAGAAGACAGAGUGAAAGGGCUGUGGAGUGCUGAAGAUGACGGCUCGGUGGUAGCCGUUGUUGGACCCUACCAACUGUAUAUCUCGUCCUUUAAAACGCUGCAUGGGAAAGAAUGGCUGGUUGAUGAGGAACCUAUUCACCAGUUGGAUGCAGUCAUUUCAUUGGCAUUAUUUUCCGGAAUAUUCGAUAGACUUGAAAAGAUUGUCAUCAGGUCGAAGAAGGUUAUUGUUCUAAUUGACCCACUGGGAAGUGAAUCUGACUAUAUUUUGAAAGUACAACAAAACUGGAGUUUGUUCUUGAAGAGGUAUAUACCCGAGGAAGAAAGAGCACAAUGGAAUACCUGGGUGAUGCAUCACAGCAACCAGCAGGAUUUCAGCAGCUGCGGAGUUUUGAUCUUGAUGUUUGCAAAGGAGUUUCUAAAGACCCAAACCAUUGAUGCAGUGAAGACCUCUGCAGAAGAUGUAGCUAAUGCAAGACUGGAAAUAGCUUCUGCCCUGCUCCAGUAUAAAGGUGCAACAUAA